AUGGUGGGGCUUCAGUUCUUCGUUGUAUUGGUAUUGCAAAGUCUAGUCGUAUUUUCCAGACAUACUUUUGGUUUUGCAGAAACAAAAUCAAAUGGAGUCAGCAUUAAGCUCAUCCCAAUAGACUCUCGGGAGUCCCCCUUAUAUAAACCUAACCUUACUCGCCGCCAAAAAAUUGAGAGAAUGGUUAAUGUUACCCUGGCUAAAGCUAAACUGAGAAAUUUGCGUUCUACUCAAAAUUCGACAUUCGAUGAUGACAAGCAUUUAUUUGCUUUAGACCGUCAAGAUAAGUUCUAUCUUGCGCAGAUGUUAAUCGGAAACCCAAUUCAAUAUGUGUAUGUAGUGGUGGAUACUGGUGGUCCGCUAACUUGGACACAGUGUGCACCUUGCACGGAAUGUUUCCACCAAAUUUAUCCCAUUUACGAUCGGCGACAUUCCUCUACUUACCGGAGACUUUCUUGUAAUCAUCGUCUUUGCAACCAUGAUGAAGAAGGCAGCCUUUUCCAAUGUGUUAAUGGGAGAUGCGUCUACACUCAUACCUAUGGUACUGGUGGAGAAAUCAUGGGCCCGACAAAAGGUUAUGCAUCUCUCGAAUCAUUUCAUUUUUUAGUGAACACCAAUGGUGAUACAGAACAAUUUACUAUUCUCUUCGGCUGCUCCAAUGAUAACGUAAAUUUCGAGUUUGCUGAUGAUGAAGAUAAUAAGAUUUCUGGGAUCAUGGGAUUAGACUUACAUCCAAAUUCACUAGCGUCCCAAUUGUCAAAUGUCUUCUCUUAUUGUAUUGUUCCCUAUGAUGAUGAUUUUCCAUUCGAUGUGCAUGCUCAUAUACUAAGGUUUGGGGCGGAUGUUUAUUUUCCUCCAUAUCCCAUUCCAACAACGCAAUAUGUAAGCGUUGCAGGAACAAAUUCUUAUUACCUUCGUCUUUUAGAUAUAAGUGUGGGACGUUCUCGCUUAAAUUUCCCACGAGGUACCUUCGAACCUUCCUCUAGUGGUGUCUUCAUAGAUUCAGGAACUCCAUUUACAACACUCACCACAAGAGCCGCGAACAGGAUCAAUGUUUUUGAAAGGGUGAACCGAGCAUUUUGGCGAUACUAUGAUUCUCGUAAUCUUGUGAGAUAUCCUACUGAGCCUGAUGAUUCAUUCCAUGUUUGUUAUAUGAUCCCACAAAAUUUUAGAGAUUAUCCAUCCAUGACCUUCCAUUUCCGAGGGGCAGACUACGAAGUAGAUGGCAGAUUUGUGAACAUUCGAUUUGAUGAUGAAGGACAUUUCUGCGUAGCAAUAAUGCCCGAAGAAACAGAUUCCAUUCUAGGAGCUUAUUAUAUGCAAAAUAUGCGCAUAAUUCAUAAUGGCGGAAUCGGAGCAGUUCAGUUUUUCCAAGCACAGUGUGCUGGUGAUCAUUUUUAG